AUGACUCUAUCUACACAUAUCGACCCAGAUGUUCUGGAAGAUUCGGUGAUUGCCAGAAUUGAGAAGAAACAUCAGCUGGUGUCAAAGUUUGUCAGUGAGAAGGCAAAGCAAGUUAAUGAACACUCCACAAAGAGAAGCCAGGGUCUAUUGUCAUCGUACCGGAUCGCAGAUGCCACCACUAGGAGCAAGUACAAGGUUCUGGACGAGCCAAUGGAUGCACAAUCUACUUACCAGUCCAUCCAUGAUGAUUUAACUCUAGAUGGUCGCCCAACCCUGAACCUUGCUAGUUUCGUUAACACCUUCGUGGACGAUAGAGCAAGGAAAUUGAUUAUGGAGAAUCUGACUAAAAAUCUUGCCGAUAACGACGAAUAUCCUGUGCUAUUGGAAAUACACCAGAGAUGUAUUUCCAUGCUGGCUGAUCUGUGGCAUGCUCCAGUUGGCAAGAAGUUGGGUGGGGAAGACUCUGAGCUGAAAGCCGCACUCGGCACCGCAACCACCGGUUCCAGCGAGGCCAUCAUGCUUGGAGGUCUAGCCAUGAAGAAAAGAUGGCAAGCCAAUAGGAGGGCUGCUGGAAAAGAUAUCUCAAAUCCCAACAUUCUGAUGGCCUCAUGUGCCCAAGUUGCUCUGGAGAAGUUUGCGAGGUACUUUGAUGUUGAGGCCAGAAUCAUCCCAGUCUCGGAUGAUGACUACUUGCUGGAUCUCACCAAAAUCAAACAGAACUGUGACGAAAAUACCAUCGGUAUUUAUGUCAUUGUGGGUUCUACAUUUACUGGCGGUUUUGAAAACGUGAAAAAGGUAAAUGAAAUAUUGGACGAGGUAGAGAGAGACACUGGAGUCAGUAUUCCCAUUCACGUGGAUGGGGCUUCCGGUGGAUUUGUGGCCCCAUUUCUUUAUCCUGAACUUGAAUGGGAUUUCAGAGUUCCCAGAGUUUGCUCGAUUAACACCUCGGGCCAUAAAUUUGGCCUCGUUUCUGCUGGUCUGGGAUGGCUCGUCUUCAGAGACCAGACCUUCCUGCCCAGCGAGCUCAAGUUCGAGUUGAUGUACUUGGGCUCGGUUGAGGAGAGUUUCACAUUGAACUUCUCCAGACCCGGCUUCCAGGUCAUUCACCAAUACUACAACUUUUUGUCUCUGGGUAAGGCGGGCUUUUACACCAUCUUUGAUGCUUCCCUUAUCAACGCAAGAGUGUUGUCCUAUUUCCUCGAGGAAUCCGGUUAUUUCAGGUGCAUCUCCAAUCUGCACCUUCCUGUGGGUGUCAGUGUGAACUCUGCUGGUGCGAAAACAUCCAUCGACGAUGUUGCCUCGCUCUCAGACCAUGCUGCCUUCAACCCGGCGCUGCCUGUCGUAUCGUUCCAAUUUACAGAGGAAUUUUCGGCAAAAUAUCCAGAGAUUCCACAGUCAAUCAUUGCCACUUUGUGCAGAGCAAGAGGCUGGAUUAUUCCAAACUAUCCGCUGCCCACACAGACUCAUCCACCAGCUAAAGGCACAAACAAUGAGAUCCUCAGAAUCGUGGUUCGCUACAACCUGACACUCCAGCUCUUGGAUAAACUGAUGCAUGAUAUCAUCGAAAUCACUGAGUUGUUGGUUGAUUCGGUCGACGUGGUGAGAACAAACAUUAGGAAGGGAAUUGCUCGUGUCGAAGGAAACCAUGAGCAUGCCAGGGAAUUGGAAAUCCAGGACGUUGCCGUGUACAACACUCUGCUCUCGCUCGCUACAGACGGAAACGAGAAAUUGAUGCACUUGAGAUCCCUUCGUGACGAGGACGGCGAAUUUGUCAAGCAUUCACGCGGCAAGUCUCAAGCUGGCCACAAGCACUCCCACCACUCUUUCAGAGGCGCGUGCUGA